GGUUCCUCCCCCAUGCUAUAUCAUGCGAAGCACAGAGCAUUUGGGUCUCAGUGACCGCGUGUACGAAGUUUAAGCAAGCACGUGGCGGGCGCUGAGAGAGCGUGUAAAUUUAAAAUGGCGGAAGGUUCUGUAAAGAAACAGAAGAAACGCCGGAGUCAAGUCCUUGGUGAGGAGGAUGUGGCGAACAUUCAGCAUGAAGGAGAUUUUCUAAUUCAGCCUGAAUCGAAAGUAGCCCAGUUGGAUACGUCACAGUGGCCUUUACUACUGAAGAACUUUGAUAAAUUGAACGUUCGGACAACACAUUACACUCCUAUACCAUCUGGCUCUAACCCUUUGAAGAGAGAUAUCACUGAAUAUGUAAAAACAGGGUUUAUUAACCUGGACAAACCAGCUAAUCCGUCCUCACACGAGGUGGUGGCAUGGAUACGACGGAUCCUGCGAGUUGAGAAGACGGGUCACAGUGGAACACUGGACCCCAAAGUCACAGGCUGUCUAAUUGUCUGUAUUGAUCGUGCCACCCGUCUUGUGAAAUCACAGCAAAGCGCUGGCAAAGAGUAUGUGGGCAUAGUACGGCUGCACAACGCACUGGAGAGUGAACUGCAACUGUCAAGGGCUUUGGAGACCCUUACUGGUGCCCUGUUUCAGCGACCUCCUUUGAUUGCAGCUGUGAAGAGACAGUUGCGUGUGAGAACAAUUUAUGAAAGCAAACUAAUAGAGUAUGAUCCAGAACGUCGCCUAGGUAUCUUUUGGGUUAGUUGUGAGGCUGGUACAUAUAUCCGUACCCUUUGUGUUCAUCUUGGUUUACUCCUGGGAGUAGGUGGUCAGAUGCAAGAAUUGCGCAGGGUUCGCUCAGGAGUUCUUGGAGAAAAGGAUAACCUUGUAACUAUGCACGAUGUACUGGAUGCUCAGUGGCAGUAUGACAACAAUAAAGAUGAGAACUACCUGCGCAGAGUUAUUUUUCCACUGGAGAAGCUUCUUUUGUCUCAUAAGAGGAUUGUUAUGAAGGACAGUGCGGUUAAUGCCAUUUGCUACGGUGCAAAGAUUAUGCUGCCUGGUCUGCUAAGAUAUGAAGAUGGAAUAGAGUUGAACCAGGAUAUUGUAGUGAUAACUACAAAAGGAGAAGCCAUCUGUAUAGCCACUGCUCUAAUGACCACAGCUGUGAUAUCAACUUGUGACCAUGGUAUAUUGGCCAAGAUUAAGAGAGUUAUUAUGGAGAGAGACACAUAUCCCCGCAAAUGGGGAUUGGGCCCUAAGGCCAGCCAGAAAAAGAUGAUGAUUCAGAAAGGACUGCUGGACAAGCAUGGCAAGGCGAAUGAGAAGACACCGGAUAGCUGGGCACAGGGGUACACAGAUUAUAGUGCUCCUCAGAAGAAGAAUCAGCCCAUGGAAGCUUCAGUGAAGCGGGAACGAGACAGUGACUCUGACAAUGAUGCAGUGACCCCUGUGACACCUACUGCAAAGCAGAAACAAACCGCUGACUCAAAUAGUGAUCAAGCAACUACUGUAACACCAAGCAAGAAAAGAAAGAAACACACUACAGAAUCUGACAGUGAUCAAGCAACUCCUGCAACAUCAAGCAAGAAGAAAAAGAAAAAACAUAGAGCUGAAGAUACUGCUGACCCUGUUACACCAGAGAAAAACAAAGAGACUGGUGAUGAGAGUGAAGAAAAGAUAAAGAAAAAGAAGAAAAAGAAAGAAAAGUAUAGGGAGCAAGAGGAAUGCUCUGGGGAGGGAGAACUACCAGAAGAGGACUCAGAGCUAAAAGCAAGUGGAAAAAAGAAGAAAAAGAAAUUGAAAAAGGAAAAUGAAGAUUAGAAUUUAAUUUGUCACUGUGGGAUGUUCCCAGCCCAAGUCAUAUGGCACAGUGGAUGGACAUGUGGAACUUGUUAUGUAUAGUUCUAACACAGCAUUGAAUGUUAGGAAUGUGGGCUAAUGCAGUGGUCCUCUAUUCAUAUGGAGUGUCCUUAUUUGUCAAUUUCUGAGGUUUGUUCUGUUUUAGGAGCAACACAGAACCGUGUAUAUUUUUUUUAUAGACUUGCAUGAUGAAAAAAGACCUUGUGUACAGAGUUGAGCAGUCCAUUUUGUUUUCUCAGGCAAAAACCUUGUGAAUUUAUUUUAAAAAUAAAAAACUUUUUAUGACUCAUGA